CCUGUUCGGGAGGUCAGUUGGAAGAAGUGCGCCCUGUGGAUUGGGGACAUAGUAUCGUGAUAUCGGGACUGUCCAGGGUGCUCGCUGCCGCCCACCCUCCUCCUGUUGCUUGUACCAUGGGCUGGGAUUUUGUGUGCUUGCUGCUUCUUGCAGUGGCUUCAUUUCCAAUUAUAUCUGGUGAUGCGACAAACAUAUUGCUGAGACCGAGAGACUCUUAUAAGGAAACUUGCACCGGUUCUACACAGAUGGUGUGGAAUCACCAAAGACCAUUAAGUAAAAGGUCGAAAGUGGUGAGCCGUAGUCAAGGGAAGGACAAUCAGUUGGUUCUCACUCUUAACAAUGUGGAAAUUAAACAUGUUGGACUGUACACAUGUGUGGAUAAAGAGACAAACAUAAUCUACUCUUCAUUUUACCUGUUCAUUAAAGUUACGGACAACCCAUUCUACGACAGUGCACCACCUUUUGUUGAUGCAACAGAAGGCCAGGAUGUACCUGGUAUAUGUCCCCUGGUUGAUUCGGAUGUCACCGACUAUGGUAUUAAGAAGUGUGAUGAUUCUAGCCUACCUGAAGGUUUUGUCUAUGAGAAGGAUAUUAGGAAUGGCAUCACCAUAAAAAAUGUGCAGACUAAAUUUGAUGAUUGCUAUGUCUGCACGGUAAUGCAUAAUGGAGCGUUGAAGAAUAGCAAAGCCAAGAAACUGAUGGUCAGGCCUGUUCAAAAAAUGUUACCCACAAUUACUUUAACAAAAUCCAAGCUAGUCGUCAAGACUGGGGAGCCGUUUGAGGUUACUUGCACGGCGAGGGAUGUUAAUGUCGUAGAGGUCCGUUGGAUCAAUGCAGGAUCCUUGAAAGACGCUGAAAAGAGCCAGUUUAUUUCUACUUCUAAUUUUGUUCGCAACCGCACUCUGAGCAGCCAAGCCGUUCAGUAUAAUGAGUCUGGUACAUACAUCUGUGAAGCCAAGAACAGCAUUGACGUGGUGAACGUUACGUUCACAUUGGAAGUUCUCGAAUUUGGCUACAUUAACUUGACCAUCACUGAGAACACUUCAACUACAAUUGAUUUAAAUGCUGGAGAGAACAUAAAAUUGCAGGUUUAUAUUGACGCCUACCCCCGCCCUGAUGAAGAGUACUGGACUUACAUGAACGAAACCCUUCUGAACACCUCAGAUCACUUUGUACAGCCACGAGAUGAGGGCAAUAACAGGUAUGUUAGUGAGCUGCACCUGAUUCGACUGAAAGGCGAGGAGAAAGGAGUUUAUACUUUUUAUGCUUCCAAUUCCGAUGCCAACGCUUCAGUUAGUUUCAACAUAUUUGUCAAAACAAGACCUGAAAUCCUAAUUUAUGAUAAGAUUAGGAAUGGCAUGCUCCAGUGUGUGGCGACUGGGUUCCCUGUGCCCUCCAUUGAAUGGGUUUUCUGUCCAGGAUCUGAGCAGCGGUGUACAGAUUCUCCAAGAAUCCCCCCCUAUGAUGUAAAGUUCAGCCAGGAAAAUUCAACUCUGGGUCGUAUGUUGGUAGAAAGCAUCUUAGAUGUAAGCUCCAUCAGGAAGAAUGGUACCGUCCAGUGUAUCGCAUCCAAUGAUGUGGAGAGCACCUCAUCCAUCUACAGCUUUGCCAUUAAUGAAGAACGGAUUUCCCAUAAAUUGUUCACUCCGCUGUUGAUUGGCUUUAUAGUGGCUGCGGCAGUGAUGUGCCUCGGGAUGGUGAUUCUCAUGUACAAAUACAUGCAGAAACCAAAGUAUGAGAUACAGUGGAAAGUAGUGGAAGAAAUCAAUGGCAAUAAUUACGUUUAUAUUGACCCAACACAACUUCCCUAUGACAACAAAUGGGAAUUCCCCAGGGACAGACUGUGCUUUGGGAAGAUUCUGGGUGCUGGUGCUUUCGGUAAAGUGGUUGAAGCAACUGCCUACGGACUCCUUAAGACUGACAAUGCACUGACUGUUGCUGUUAAAAUGCUGAAACCAAGUGCCCAUGCCACUGAGAGGGAAGCUCUCAUGUCGGAGCUGAAAGUUCUGAGCUAUCUUGGUCACCACAAAAACAUUGUGAACCUGCUUGGUGCAUGCACUGUGGGAGGCCCAACUCUUGUCAUCACUGAAUAUUGCUGCUACGGAGACCUUCUGAAUUACUUGAGAAGAAAGCGUGAUUCCUUCAUUUGCCCGAAAUUUGAGGAUCAUUCUGAAACAGCACUGUAUAAGAAUCUUCUCAAUUCACGGAACAAUGUCUGUGAAGGGAUGAGUGAAUACAUGGACAUGAAGCCAGGAGUACCUUAUGUAGUGCCAACUAAAACUGACAAGCGGAAGUCAGGAUCCUAUGUGGAUCAAGAUAUUUCAAUGCCUGAAGAGGAUGAUUUAGCUCUAGAUACAGAUGAUCUGAUUAGCUUUUCAUAUCAAGUUGCACAGGGCAUGAACUUCCUGGCGUCUAAAAAUUGCAUUCACCGAGAUCUUGCAGCAAGAAAUAUUCUCCUCACUAAUGGUCGAAUAACGAAAAUCUGUGACUUUGGCCUUGCCCGAGACAUCAAGAAUGACUCAAAUUAUGUGGUUAAAGGAAAUGCUCGGCUCCCAGUCAAGUGGAUGGCUCCUGAAAGCAUAUUUCAUUGUGUAUAUACUUUUGAAAGUGACGUCUGGUCCUAUGGAAUACUUCUUUGGGAGAUCUUUUCUUUAGGAAGCAGCCCUUACCCUCGCAUGCCGGUGGACUCCAAGUUCUACAAAAUGAUAAAGGAUGGUUACCGCAUGUUAAGCCCAGAGUGUGCACCAGCUGAACUCUAUGAAAUAAUGAAGAGCUGCUGGAAUGCAGACCCAGUGAAGAGACCAACCUUUAAACAGAUUGUACAGAUGGUAGAACAGCAGAUGUCAGACAGCAAAGGACAUAAACAAACAUAUUCAAACACGUCUCCUGUGUGUCCGAAUCACGCUCCGGUGGAUCACUCCGUGAGGAUCAAUUCCGUAGGAAGCAGCACCUCGUCCACUCAGCCUUUACUAGCACACAGGGAUUGCUAAAUGACAACUUAUGUCACCUCAACCUGCUUGGGGACCCCUUAUGUUCCAUCAUUACACACUCUUCCAUAUACAGUGAUACCGCUGUUCAACACAGAGAAAGUAGAAGAAGAGAAACAAUGUAGCUGCUGAGUCUAAAGAAAGAACAGUCACUGCCAGGGGGGCCAAACAUGUUACAGAAUGACAAGUUAUCAGCAACAUCCCCUGCAGGAAAUGUGAUAUCUGAAGACAGUGACCUCUGCCUAUAAUCACUUACUUUCAUGUGUUCUUCCUUUAUGGAGAUGGCUUUGUAUUGACACAUCAGAUGAAAGGUCAGCCUUUCAUAAUGUCCUGUGGCAAUAUGGGAUGUAAACUCUAAGAUCCAUGCUUGAAACUUACUGAUUAUCUGAGCAUUGUUCAGGACUGUAAAAUGUGACAUUGCUUGUAACAUAAGAAAGCAUGCCAAUGUUGUCAUGUCUUGCCAUUGCAAAAAUAAUGCAAAAGCAGAAUCCUACUGAAUACUUUCACACACUUUCAGCCUUAUUCAGAAAAUCUUUGUGAAGAGUUAAAGUGUUCCUAUCAGAUUCUUAACACUUUACAAACGUUGGUAAGGCGGCACAAUGCAGGAUUGCCCCUGUUACCCAAUCGGCUAGCCAUUGCACUGCUGUUAAUGCGCCUGUGGAAUCCAGCGGUUGGAAUACUUAUCACAUUUCUUCCUCCCGAGUCGGUUUUACAAAUUCGUUUCUGCAUAUUUUUAUUAAAGAUUUUUUGUGCACUUAUUCCUAUAUGAGAGAUUUGGCGAAUGUUUUAGUUAUUAGAGUUAAAUUAUUUGGGUAAUUUGCCUUCUUUAGUACUGGUGGGAUGUCAUGCCAAGUGAUGCCAAUGUUAUAGCUGAAAAGAAGUUGCAUAUACACUGGCCCUGUUUCUAUUAUGCUAAGCUGUGAGCUCAUGGACUCAUCAUCAGUGGCAUAAAAACGCACUAUUGUGGUGUACUAACAAAAUAAUAACUUUGCUGUUUUUAGUCUUUUAAGAUUAGAGCCGGUACUAAAGAUAAAGACCCUCAUAAAUGUUUAAAUCAUUACAGAUAAGGAUCUUUAUCAAGCUUAAAGGCAAAAAAUAGAUGGUUUUAGGAGUUCUAUUGUUAACCCUUUAUUAGAAAGCCUACAGUUCCCUAUAUGAAAGGUGCACAAGGCACCGUCCCCUGUUUGCACUGCAUUUAUCUUUGCUGUUUUUGCACCUUUUGAAAUGUUGGCCUUUUCUGAAAAUUGUGAAAAAGAAAAAAAAGAAAUUGCUUUGACCUCUUGCUGUUAGAUGACUGAAUGGUUUGGCCAAGGCUUACAAAGAAGACUUUGGGCAAACUAGAGCAACAUUUCUUUGCAAUCAGACCAUUAAUAAUAAGGUACUUUGGGGGCACUUAGUCACACACUUUUAUUUUAAUGGUUUCAAGAUGCUAUAUUUUUGUACUUUUUUUUCCUUUUUGUGAUGUAGUUGUUGCAUUCAAUGUGACUGGAUGUUGACAUUUCUUUUUUUUGUUGUUAUUUUGUUUCUGUACAUAUAAGAAUGUAGCAGUAAUUUCAUUUUGCCCCUCCCCUUUUCCCAACCAAAUAUCCAAAGUAUUUUUGUAUGUAUGUAAAUAGAUGUAAGUAGUGUCGCAAGUUUCCAAAAUAUUUGAGAUAUAUUGCCUGGUUAUUAAGAGCCGUUGUUAAUAAUAAACUUCCGUGAAUGUUA